CCUCUCUCACCUCCCUCGUUUGCUUACCCAGUCCAGAGACUCGAUCUUCAGCCCGACUCCACCGCUCGCAUGAAAUCCUUAUCAAUUCUGUGAAAUUUUCGGUUAACAUCAGCGCAAGGAUUUUGUGAUGGCGAUUCUGUACGGCGUGGUGGCGCGUGGGACGACGGUGCUGUCGGAGUUCAGCGCCGUGACGGGGAAUACCGGAGCGGUGGUGCGGAGGAUACUCGAGAAGCUGUCCGAGACUGAUUCGCCGGAAUCGCGUCUGUGCUUUUCUCAAGAUCGGUUCAUUUUUCAUAUCCUCCGCGCCGAUGGCCUCGUCUUCCUCUGUAUGGCCAACGACACCUUCGGAAGAAGAAUUCCUUUCUCGUAUUUGGAGGAUAUUCAGAUGAGAUUCAUGAAAAACUAUGGACGAGUGGCUGCUUAUGCGCCUGCUUAUGCUAUGAAUGAUGAAUUCUCUAGAGUAUUGCAUCAACAAAUGGAGUUCUUCUCCAGUAAUCCUAAUGCCGAUACGCUCAACCGUGUUAGAGGAGAGGUCAAUGAGGUACGGACAAUAAUGGUGGAUAACAUUGACAAGAUACUAGAGAGAGGAGACAGAAUUGAGCUUCUUGUUGACAAGACCUCAACCAUGCAAGACAGUGCGUUUCACUUCAGAAAACAAUCAAAACGCCUCCGUCGAGCUCUGUGGAUGAAAAAUGCUAAGCUCCUGGCUCUGCUUACGUGUUUGAUUGUUCUGCUUCUAUAUUUCAUAAUCGCGGCUGCAUGUGGAGGCCUCACAUUACCGUCUUGUAGAUCAAAAUAAUGCCUUUUAAGGUCCGUAUUCCCACCUUUAUACUUUCCGCAAAAUGCUUCACUGUGUGCCUAAAGUUCCUUGAAAUUAUGUUUUGUGAUGGUGUAUGAUAGUACGAUUGACUGCCAUUUUCUUCUUACGCCGUAAAAUGCUGUUGAUAAGUCUGCUUUGGUCAGUUAUUUGCUUAAAAUGCCGGAAUCCUUUUCGACAGCUCAGUAGAAAAUAUUGUGUAUCUAAGAAAUUGGCAAACGAUAUUGGAGUGAUUUUCUGCAGUCCAAAGUAUGUUUUAGCAAUUGAAAUGAUCAAAUGAAGGAUGCAGAAUCA